AUUCAAUGAACGUGAUUUUUAACUGUCAAUGUGUCUGUCACUAUCCUUGUCACUGACAGUGUCACUGCAAUUCGGCUGUCACUAAUUCUUGUCAAAAUAAGGCUAAAUUAGGUACUGAUUAGAGUGACUUCUAGGUUUUAGAUUAGAUUUAUAGUAAAAUUAUUUAAAAUCGAUAGAUAUUUGCUCAAUAUGUAGGAUAGUACAGUUAAGAUUGAUGUUAAUUGUUUGUAUGUAUGAAAACAAAAUGUCGUUGGAACAAACAGCUUGCGAUGAUUUAAAGGCCUUCGAGAGACGCCUAACUGAAGUUAUAGGAUGUCUGCAACCAGCUACUAUGAGAUGGAGAAUUCUACUGACAGUUGUGUCUGUUUGCACAGCAAUUGCAGCAUACCAUUGGUUGAUGGAUCCGCUCACACCAGUAGUCUCCCUCACACAGUCUCUAUGGAAUCAUCCAUUUUUUGCCUUUACAUCCACUUUUCUAGUUUUGCUAUUCAUGAUGGGAGUGCACAGAAAGGUAGUAGCGCCAAGCAUCAUCACGGCUCGCACGCGCUCCGUACUCAACGACUUCAACAUGUCGUGUGACGACACAGGCAAGCUCAUCCUCAAGCCACGCCCCGCCAACACCUAGCACAUCAUCAAUGUACAUAUUUUUUAAGCUAAGAAUAAAUUGUUUCAUUGUUUAUACGACUUUUACUUAAAAUAAAACAACAGUUUACAAGAAUCUAUCCAAGUUUAUUUAUUACUUAUAACUUUGGUGUGUUUAUUAUAUACAAUAAAUAAAUGAUAACUAAGAAAAAUAGGUCUAUCAUACAAAACCACCUUAAACAAUAACAAAAUGUUGCAGUUCAAAUAAUGCAUACAACAAUUUCACGUAACCACAUAGUAAAUAUUAUGAUUGCAUUUUAUUAACUUUCUAGAAGAAUUUACUAAAGAUUUUGCUAAAGUAUUAACAAAUGCCAGUGCUAUAAUAAAUUCUGAGUAAAUAAUGCAAGUACCUAAAUUGUUUAAAGUUUUAACGUAAACAGUUUUAAAUAAUAUAACGGUUUCUUUCUACUCACAAACACUCACGGCGACUUUAGAGAGUCCCUCCUAUAAUUUAGUGUUCUACGAUCAUAAGCAUUCAAUACUUUUAGUUCCGCCCAUCUAAACACUACUAACUUUGCUCAAAGUAUGCUUAGACUCAACAUGGAGUGAAUGGAAUUAUUAUAUCUUGGAAUAAUUUUAGAAAACUUAUGUAUUAUUAAAAAAAUAUUGUAUAAAAUUUACUUAUUUGGGCAGUGUUAAUUUAGGGAACGAUAUUAUUUAUUCAAACCUUCAAUUCCUCACAGCAAAUGCAAUUCGGAGUGCACACCUGAGUCGUACCUAUACAUGCAAGCAACAGUCGCAAUUACAAGAUAAUAUUCAACAAGGGUACUAUAUUAAAUAUAAUAAUAACUAUAAUAAAGUAUUGUGCUGACUGUGCAUAGUAUAACUAACCGUCCUAAGUUCAUAAUUUUACUUAAUCUAACAAACUAUACACGUAAGACAUGUGUUUGUGCUUAGUGAUAUACUGACAGCUAUGUUACGUACCAAUGAAUAUGAAUUGAAUGGGUUAACAAAUUAGAUUUUAAUUAACAUUUGUAUAUUUAACAUUACGGUCUACACGACGAGCCAAGUUUUUUACCGAUCUGAAGAAAAAGUCAUA